GGUUAACGGACACCUGUUGCAUCAGCGCCGGCAGUAUAGAUCCGCACCGGGCGCAGAGUACCAUGGUAGUGCUUCACCUGCUAGCCUGUGGCCAGAUAUCCCUCCGCCCCGAGCAGCGGGACCUGAAGCCCCGCCUCUGAUGCUAACACCAAGGCGGGGGGAGGAGCCAGGUAGCGGGCAGACUGACACGUAACAGUCCAGCGUAAAAUUUAAGGAGGAAGUCGCAUCUUUUCCAUAAAUUGACUUCGUUGAGGACCGGCUCACCUCAGGCUCGAUGAGGAGCGGAGCUGCCCCGUCGCCGAAGCCCGUUUGAACGCCUCCGAAGCGGGACCGCGAGACGGAGAGCUUAAAAUGAGAUUCUCGGUGUUUAUUUCUGUCCUGCGCUCGCUCGGGCCGGUGGUAAUCGGCGUGUCUUUGGGGUUCACGCUGAGUUUGCUGAGUGUUAGUUGGACGGAGGAAACGUGCCUGGUGGUGGGCAGCGGGCGGCGCGAGGAUGUGACUUCAGGUCGGGACGGACUCCUUAAAGGAGCCCGAAAGCCCAACUCCAUUUCUGCCGCGAACGAUGCGGACUCCGAGGAGGGAUUCGAACCCAGAAUCGUCCCGUACAAGCAGCUCCAGCCCAGCGCCCCCAAAAAAGUUUUCAGAGCCAAAUACAUCAGCACGGAGCUGGGGAUGCGGGAGCGCCUGUUCGUCGGGGUCCUGACCUCCAAAAAUACCAUCAACACUCUGGGUGCUGCUGUGAAUCGCACUAUAAGCCAUCACUUUGACAUUGUGGUCUUCUUCACCGGUCUGCGCAACCGCAAACUCCCCCACGGCAUGUUCGUGGUUUCCCAUGGAGACGAGAGGCUGAUAUGGAACAUGUUUCAGACCGUCAAGUACAUCUUUGAACAUUACAUCAACGAGUACGAUUGGUUUUACUUCGUCCAAGAUGAUGCCUACACAGAAGCAGACAGGAUCAAAGCCCUAGUGGAGCACUUGAGCAUGGAUCGAGAACUCUACAUGGGGAGGCCUGAGGAGUUCAUAGGCGGAGAGACGGAGGGGAAGUACUGCUACGGAGGCUUUGGGUACCUGCUGUCGCGCAGCCUGCUGCUCAGACUUCAACCUUUCCUGGAAAACUGCAGGAACGACAUCCUAAGCUCCAGACCCGACGAGUGGCUCGGAAGAUGCAUCAUCGAUUACACCAGCACUAACUGUGUGGGUGAAUACGAGGGACUCGAGUACCAUCAUUACGAGUUGGGAAAAAACUCCGAUCCCAGUAAAGAACAGAGUGAACAGUUCAAGAGCGCCCUGACCGUCCAUCCGGUGUCAGACCCCGAACAAAUGUACCGGCUGCACAGAUACUUCUCGGAGAUUGAACUCCAGAGGACCUACGAUGAGAUUGCUAAGCUGCAGGCGGAGAUCAAAAACGUGAGUGUGGUCGCUUUCGAAGGCAAUCGAAGCGCCCAGUGGCCCGUGGGGAUCAGCCCGGCGUUUGAGCCCAAGUCUCGGUUCGAAGUUCUGAAAUGGGAGUAUUUCACAGAGGAGGAGAUCUAUUCGUGCAUCGACGAGGCCCCCAAGUGUGAGCUGCGUGGCAUUGAUAAAUUAGAUGUAGCAGAUGUCAUAGAGACCGCUGUACAGGAGCUGAACAUCAAGUAUAUGCCUAUUCUACACUUUAAGAAGCAGCAGCUGAUUAAUGGCUACAGGCGCUUUGACCCCACGAGGGGCAUGGAGUACACCUUAGACCUCCAGCUGGAGGUGGUUAAUCAGAAAGGCCACAGCAGGUCCAUCACCAAGAGGGUCCACCUGGUGCGACCUUUAAGCCUGAUAGAGAUCAUUCCCAUGCCUUAUGUGACUGAAGCCACAAGGGUUCACGUCAUUAUACCGCUGACCCUGGAGGACCGGAGCUUCGUCAACCGUUUCCUUGAAGUCUUUGCCUCCAAUGCUUUUGAGACGAGCGAGAAUGCCGUCCUGACCUUCUUGUUCAUUUAUGACCCAGUGGAAGCUCAACACGUGAACCAAAAUGACAUAUUUGCCGGCGUGAAGGCUCAGAUAAACGCCUAUGAGCACAAGUUCCCUGCAGUGAAGAUCCCCUGGAUCAGUGUCAAGACAGACACCCCAGCUCCCAUCAAAUUCAUGGACAUCAUUUCAAAGAAACACCCCGUAGAUACCUUGUUUUUCCUCGCUCAGGUCAGCACGAACGUCGAUGCGGAGUUUCUGAACCGCUGUCGCAUGAAUUCCAUAAACAACUGGCAGGUCUUCUUCCCAAUCCACUUCCAGGAGUUUAACCCAGACGUGGCCUACCACAACCAGCCCCGCCCAGCCACAGUGGACCUGGUCAAAGAGGCGGGACACUUUGACCGCAGGUCUUUUGACGAAGCGUGCUUUUACAACUCGGACUACAUGGCGACUCGCUCCCGCAUGGUGUCAGAUGUCCAGGAGAACGAAGACCUUCUAGAAGGCCUGGAUGUCUACGACAUGUUUGUCAAGUAUUCGGGUCUGCACGUGUUCAGGGCUGUGGAGCCAGCGCUCCACCAGCAAUACCGCUACCAGCCCUGCAACCCCAAACUCAGCGAGGACAUCUAUCACAGAUGUGUUCAGAGCAACCUGGAAGGCCUCGGUUCUCGAUCCCAGCUCGCCAUGCUGCUGUACGAGCAGGAGCGAGGAAACAGCACCUGAACUUCAGCCCAACCGCUGGGCUGAAGUUCAGGAGAUGAGGCUCGUAGUUCUGAGGUGGGGAAGUGCUAAACGCCCCGCAGAGGCAGCCCGUCCGCGGCCGGGAGGUUGGUCUCAGUCCUCCUGGGGAAACCAGGGCUGUUGGGUUAGCUUGAGUCCUCGGCUGGUUUUGGUUAAGUGAUAGAUCACCUUUUCUACCUAAAACCAAAUGUUUUUACACUGUGCUACAAACUAACACCUACGUAGAGCCAUUUCUGACCACUAGAGGACAACAGUCGGAACAAUAACUUGUAUUUUUUAACGAUAAAAUAUUUUAUAGUAGUUUCUUAGAAUUUAUUGAGCAGUCCCAUCUGGGUGAGGAAAACCGUCCGGACGCAGGCGAAGAAGAUCCUGCAGGCGGACGUCGGUUGGAGAUGAAUCGGUUCACUCGGUGUGUGAGUGUGUGUGUGGGGGGGGCAUGCCUUUGUUCUGCUGCUAAAAGGAACCGAUCAUCUUUCAUAAGCGGAGAGGCGUGGAGGGAAUGUUUCCCUUGUUUAACUUUAAAGCUGCUGAGAUCUGUUGACGCGGUACCAACGAACCCAAAGAGGCGUCUGCGCCUCGAUGCUUUUCAGGGAGAUCCGUCCUGGAAGACGUGCGUUCCAAGAGCGUUUAGAUCAACAGUUUUAUGUUGCACGGCUGUUUGUCUCUUUGGGGCAUUCAAAUAUUGCACUUUUGAUGCUCAACUGGUUUGAGUACUUACAAAAGUGUAUUUUUUUUAAUCUUUUGUGCCUUGUUACAGAAUUUUUGAUACUCCUCGCUUUAGCAUCUCACCUCUUCGUGGGAUGCAGAUCAGAUAUUUUUCUACAUUUCCGGUAGUGUUACACACAUACAUGUACAUGCAGAGAGGGCUGUUUGUAAAGAAUGUACGUUUUUCUUGUUCUUUCGAUAGCUUUCACGGUCAAAUCUGGAUCGUCUCCAGUCUGAGUUUGUGCCUCGACGCUGGGAGGGGCUCCGCCGGCCGAACGCUGUUCACGCGGUUCUCCUUGAGACCUUUUCACGGUGAAAUGACAAACAAAGAGGCAGAAACAGACGGGUGAAUAAUUGGGGAAAAAUGCCUGAAAUACUUGCCAAGGUUUGUGUAGACGUUUGGUACUUCAGAGCAGAAUUUAAUCAGCUCAGAAAUGUUUCAAGGAAGAAAAUAAUCCAAUGUUUAGUUUUUCCAAAGUGCUUUGAAUGACUUUGAGUAUUUUUUGUGGUGUUUGCGUCCUUGGUUGUGAGCUGCAACGCCUGCCGUCUGUUGGGGAAUCCAGUGGGAGGUCUGUUCUGUCACUGAGUAGUAAUGGAUGUACAACAGUAAGUUAUUAGUGAGUUAUAAUGUGCAAUAUUACAGCUUGGUUUGUUGUUUUUAGAGGACUUUUAAUGUCCAAACAUUUCCCUGGAGUGCAGUAGCGUAUCCUAUCGCAGUACUGUUUGUGACUCAUACGUUCUGUUUGAUGCAAAGUAAAAACACUGUAAUUUCUCUGACAGGACAUUUUCAAUGCUGUCAGGAGACGCUUUUGCUCCUCAGACUUACUUUGAAGUACAUAAAACCGAAGCGAGUCCUUUUAUUUAACUGUAAUUGGAUUUAAUAUAUAUGUUGGAACAUUGGCGGUUCUUCUGCAGUGUUUCUGCUCCACUCUUUUUUUUUUUUACCAACGCAUCUCUUUAUCCAGAAAGGAGAGCAGUCGUGACGGCGCAGCGUCUGUGUGAAUGUUUAUUUUGAAAGGGUGUUCUUUAAUAAUAUGCAGAGUUGGAAACGUAGUCUUCCAAAGAAGUCACUGUGAACGAGCUGGGAUACGGAAUGAAGUUGCUUGGAUGUUUUUUUUUUAAAUUUGCCUUUGGUCCACACAAGAGGCCUGACAUAGUGGGUGGAGGUGGGGCGUGGUUAUCCUGUUGUUAACACGGCCACCAUCGCUGAGCGACGGCUCCCUUCGUGUUCGCGUCCAUAAUUUAUUUCGUCGGCAGAGCCUGAAUCUGCAACAAACCUUUCUCCAGCAAAUUCUACUCAAUGAUCCUUUUUACAUUUUGUGAUUUUUUCCUUUAAAUCCAAUGAUGAACUGAACAAAAGUAUCAGGUACUUUAAGAGCUCCAGGUUCGGAUGUGUGAGCCCGAUAGUUUACAUUGUUUUAUGCACAUGGGUACUCAGAAAACCAAAGUAGUAUGUUUUAGCUGAUGCACAUGAUUGAUUGCUGUAAUUCUCAAUAAACUGUGAAUUAUUGUAUUUUUCUGAAUUAAAGAAUAUUUGAGUAUU